AUGUACAUCGACGUGGGCGAUCUCGACAUCUUCCGUGACGAGGACCUGGAAUAUACCUGCCGCAUCGCCGCCGCCAGCGUACACAUCGAGCUCUACGCGUAUCCCGGUGUCUACUACGGGUUCGAGAUGCUGGCGCCCGCCAUCUCUACCACGGCUCUUGUCAUGGCCAGCCGGAUCAAGGCGAUCAAAGCUUGA